UCAUCUGGCAGAACAGCGGGCACCGAGUCAUCUGGCACGACAGCAAGCACCGAGUCACCUGGCACGACAGCGGGCACCGAGUCACCAAGCUCGACAGCGGGCACCGAGUCAUCUGGCACGACAGCGGGCACCGAGUCAUCUGGCACGACAGCGGGCACCGGGUCACCAAGCUCGACAGCGACAGCGGGCACCGAGUCAUCUGGCAGGACAGCGGGCACGAGACAUCUGGCACGACAGCGGGCACCGAGUCAUCUGGCACAACUGCGGGCACCAAGUCAUCUGGCACAACAGCGGGCACCGAGUCACCAAGCUCGACAGCGGGCACCGAGUCAUCUGGCAGAACAGCGGGUACCGAGUCAUCUGGCUAGAUCAGCGGGCACCAGAUCAUCAAGCUGGAUA